CUUUUAUCAUUCAGGUGCUCGAUUUCAAAUUAACUGAAAUUCUGUUUCAAUUUUCAAUUUUCGACAUGAACUCGUUGAGAACGGUUUGGUUAUUGAUAGGUACGUUGACUUUUGCUUGUGCCGUCAGCGUUCCUAGAUCUUUGCAGUUGAACUCUGACAAAUAUUUACUGGACAAUAACUUGAAAUCUGCCGAAUGGAUAUCUCUCUUAGAACUGGAGCCAUUGCCGUCUUUGGAUAAAAUUUCCUUCAAAAAAUUGGAAGAAAUGCCCUUGAAAGAAGCAGCUGAAAUGUUGAACAAGUUAUACCAUUUAUCGAAAAUAAAUCAUCGACCUGUGGAUACUUACACUCCGAAUACCAGCGACAUUGAUGCACUCUUGACUACCACUAAUAAUGAAAAAAUCAGUUUUAAAUUAAGCAAAAUAGUGCAGACGGCUAUGAAGGACUCUGAUUUCGGAAAGCAGGUAGUGACUAUCUUCGUAACCGGUCUACCGAAGGAUUUGAAUGCCGUAAAAAAAGCCAAUAGUGAGCUAAUACGAGCUUACAUGCAACGAUAUUACAAACUUCCGUUGAACCUUAAUUUAAAUCACACAUAUAAAGAAAUGGGCAGCGAGGAGAUGUCAAGCGACAAGUCCGAGGAAUUGAUUGCAACUAAGAAAAGUAAUGGAAAUAUGAUUGUGAUCGACUUAGGGUCGGCUAUGCGGAAUUUCAAAGAGUGGAUCACUUUCGAUAUAGAAGAAAUGGGCAUAAAUCUUGGCAAUGUCUUGGCCGAGCUUACUGAUAAGGUCGAUGUACCGCAAGAACUUAUUCACGUGAUUGGUCAGGGAGUAGCGGCACAUGUAGCCGGAGUGGCUGGUCGUCAAUAUUCGCGGGUCACUGGACAUCGACUUCGUCGCAUCACUGGGUUAGAUCCCUCUCAAAUAUUUGUGAGCAACAAAAAUCUCUUGAGUGGACUGGCUCGUGGAGAUGCCGAUUUUGUUGAUGUUAUACAUAGUUCGUCCUAUAGCAUGGGUACAGUUACGCGAUGCGGUGACGUUGAUUUUUAUCCAAAUGGACCCAAUCAGGUGCUGCCAGGCUCUAAAAAUGUAAUCGAAGCCAGCAUGCUUGCAACAUGCUAUUUUGCCGACACGGUCCUACCCCUAAUGGAACAUGUUUUUCCCGCAGUCGCGGCCACCUCUUUGAAAGAGUACAAAAAUGACAAUGGCUACGGAAAGCGGGUGUUCAUGGGCCUCUCCACAGAUUUUGACCUCAAGGGUGACUAUAUUUUAGAAGUGAACAUGAAAAGUAAUUACGAUCCUAAUACUUCUCCCGAGAAACAAAUGGACUAUCGCAAAAUGCACAAGCCUUGGCAAAUUAUUGACGAAAAAUUUACGCGAAUGUAUUGAUAGUGUAUCGAAUUACAUAGAGUAUUGUUUGCAGACA